AUGUCUAAGCUGUUCUCCAAGAAGAAGGCCAACAACGAUGCCACCCUCUCCAACGAACAGGCGCUCAAUGCGCUCUCACAGCCGGCUUCACCAACACUCAACAAGAAGUCUUCCAGCAGCCGGUGGAAGAAGAGCAAGAAGCCACAGCCCGAAGCAAAACCACAGCUCGACCUCUCAGCAGCACUACCAUCGACAGACGACUUCCGAACCAGUUUGCUCAUGCCCAGCCUAUCGACGCGAUUCAGCAUGCUUAGAGAGCAGGACGAUCCGAACUCGUUGAUUGGCAAAGCGAGCGAUGACAGCGUGCUACAACCCCGGCGGAAGUCACGCAUGAUGAACGACUUUGGCUUUGCAUCCACGGCGCUGGGUGACAUUGCAGAGGUCUCUUCCAUCCAGGGCUCCGUUCGCCCGCCGUUUACCCGAAGUAGUCGCGAGAACUCAUAUGUCUCAGAUGACGGCGGCUAUGGCAGUGAAGCUGAUGCCACGCAGAGCGUCAUGAGUCGAUCAAGACCGGGCGAAGGCAAUGUUCUGUUUGGAGGUCGCCAGAAGGUCUACAAGAUCCCGAACAGUGGUGCAACCUCCACCCGCAGUUUAGGCAAGCUUGUCUACGAGGAUGAUGUCGGCAUGUCAGCAUUCCAGAAGUACCGGCACAGAGAAAGGGAAUUCGAUGAAAGCCAAUUGCCUCGCCCCUCAGAUGAGAGUCAGGGGUUUAACUUCGGCCUUGAAGGUUCCCACGAUGGGCUCGACACCUUGCCUAAUGACUCCGCCAAAGACCUGUCUCACUCACCAUCGCUUUCUUCUUAUGAGAAGAAGAGGUCGACAACAUCGUCCAUGGCACGCUCAGAUGCACGUUCUUCUACAGCAGCGACAUCUAUUGCUUCUCAACAAGCAGUGAGCGCGCAGCCAUCUCCUGGACACGCACCAGCAGGUGCAGCUACAGCCGCGACAUCGAGCACAGCCGCGAAUGUCGCCCCGAUCACAAUGUCUGCACCACUACUCGAACGACCCAACCCCAAAGCGCGAAGACUCUACGAUCAAGGCCUCGAUCAACACAUGCACGAGCAACAGUCGUCUGCCAUUACUCGACUCAACUCGAUUCAAAAGCAACGCACUAUCGGCGGUAUGAAGUCUCCACCGUUUUUGCAAGGUGCAAAGAGCACCGGUAACCUCAACGAUCGAUCGACUGAGCCAUUUACAGCUUUCCGCGGACAGUCGCCGCCACCCACUGCACCACUUCCCGCGCUGACAACUCUUGGAUCGUUCAGACACCCUCAGUCAGGUUCCUCGAGUCCGGCGCCAAGUGGACCGGCGUCUCCAAUUGACGCCCCAAACAAUGUGUUGACUCAAGCUCUGGAACCAGCUGAUCGUGGUAAAGCGACCGCGAUGGGUGCAUUCAACAAACCGGCACAUGCAUUCGACGAGAACCAAUAUCUGGAACGCCAGAAGGCACUUCAGCGAUCAAACUCCAGCGCGGUGAUGAAGAAGUCGGGCAGUAUUUCUGCUGCGAAGCCACGCACAGAGAGGUCUGAAUACAACGGCAACCAGUCCCCAGAUCUCUUUGCUCGCAGCAGAACGCCAUCCGAUGCUCCGAGUCACCAUGAGAUGACCAAGAAGGCUUACAACAUGUUUCAGAAUGCGGCGAAUCACUUGCCAGCGCCAUCUGCAGACCAACGCUCAGACUCGCCCGCCAAGUCACCACCGCUCCCAGACACGCAUCGAACCUUCUUUGGCAAUAUCAGCGCCAGCGACGACGAGGAUGAUGGAGAAGAGGAGCGGAUUGCACAGUCAUUCGACCAGCCGGAGUAUGGCUACGGCAACUACCAGACACGAUGGCAGCCUACACCACUUCAGUCUGUGUCUGAGCACCCCUCCACCCAGAAUGAUAGGUGGAAGACGACCUUGGUCGAGGAAGAGGAUGAAUUUGAUGUGAAGCCACUGGCUCCGAAGGCUUCAGCCUCCUCGCUCCGCAUCAAUGCUCCUGCGGCGUCGUUCCAAAUUCCACAGCCGCUGGACUCUCCAACGCUAGGUCCUCAAGCGCAAGCCUUGAACGGCAUGGUCCAUCAUCUCCGUCAACGAAGUAACAACUCUUCGAUCUACCCAACAGAGGAGGUGGCACAACAAGAAGAUGAAGAAGAGGUUCCAGAAGUGCCGGAACUGCCUUGGACCACCAAAAAAUCGGAUUCGUUCAACCGUGUUGCGAACACAACCCCGGAAGCUCAGUCAGCACGUGAGUCGACCUAUGCUGUGUCGAAUCCUUGGGACCUCGAUGAACAGAGCGCGGGUGCAUCUCGGGCAAGUCGCGCUUCUGAAGCUGUGAGCACAGUGGACCGAUCCUCGAACGCAUUGAGUCCAGUGGGUCAAUCUUUGAUGGCUCAGUUCAGUCCAGUAGAGAGGACAUCGAGUCCUCGAUUCCCGUCAACAAGUCGGCAGCCAUCAGUCGUCCAGGACUCGUCAUCAAGAUUCGCACAUCCGACUGCACGAGAUUCGGAGGCGUCGUUCUCCAACGAGAAUAGCGUACCUACUUGGCAACAGGAACUGCACAAACAGCACACUCGAGAUGCAAGCACAGCCACUCAGCAGGAACGCGAAGCCUUCCAGAGCGAGUUGGCAGCACGGCGCGCCGCUAUCCAGGAAGGACUCAAGCAGAAGGUCGAGUGGGAAGCUCACUCACGGGGCACUAGCCCUGCGCCUGGUGCAAUGAGGGCGUUCGGAAUGCUGCGAUCGAAGACUAGUAGAGAAUCGUUCGUCCACGCACAAGAUCAGCCUCAAAAGGGUGUUCGAGCUCUGGGCAUUAACGGCGCCAGCAGCACCAGCCUGGUCGACUCCGUUCGGCCUCGUGGGAACUCAUCGCCAAGACCUCCACUGCCAAAUGCUCAGCAUCCUGCCUUCAAACAAGAUGGUCCAGGUCCAUCAACAAGAGAUGCGGACACUGUGCAGGGCGCUAGAGAGCUGGCAUCGAGUCGAGGUCCAGCAAGUCGUGCUCGUAGCCGCUCCAAUUCCACUGCUACCACGGGACGUUCUCGCAGCCGCACAGGUCCAUACCGAGACGAUCUGGAGAAAGCUAUGAUCGAGGGUCACGGUACCUCUGCAGCGGCACAUACACCAGAUGUGUCGCCGUUUCCUGGUGCCUCACCGGCCAUUGGUAGCGACGGAACCGGCCGCCAGAGCGACGAGGACAGACGCAAUGCUGCCAACUAUUUCGAGGCCCGGGCUGCACCCGCCAACAAAGGUCCAUCGCCGAAUGGUCUGACUCCUACAGUAUACACGCCUGGUCGCCCAGUUCCUGUGGCGAAUCCGUAUUCGCAGAAUCACACUCCUGCGCUCAACGGCACUAGUCCGUCAAUUGAGUUGUCGCACUCUCCAAUCACCCCGUCUUCCGCGCGCCCCGGUGGCUUGCGCAAGAUUACAAUUUCCAAGGCAGAUAUCUCUGAGCCAAAGCUCAUAUCUUCCACCUCCAAUGUCGACACAGUCGACCUGCCUCCUGGAGCGUCGCUGAAGAACGGCAUGGAAGAUGCUCCACCGAUCCCACCGAUCAAACCAAAACGUCGGGGGACACGAAAGCUCUUUAGCAGAAACCGGUCGGACUCCACUGGCGACCACGAGAUCAAGGCAACAUCGUCCGAUCCAUCUCUCAACACAUCGCCUAAGCGCGAGUUUCAAUUCCCGCCCAGCAACGUGGUGCGCAUGCCAGCAAUCGUCUCGCCACAAGACUUUCACUCGAGCCCAGCCGUGCCACAAGUCGGCUUUGUCACUCCAGGCUCACCUGAGCGCGUCCAGCGCUCCACUUCUACCACCACAGCUCCCAAGCGAUCAGUCACAGCUCCGCUGUCAGCGCCUCUGGAUGGUAGCAUGUUCUAA